AUGCUGGGGCUGCGCCGAAGACAUAGAAAUCCUCGGCCACGGAGCUCAUGCUCCAUCUGCCACCAGCGAAAGGUCAAAUGUGACACUAUAUCCCCUUGUGCACAGUGCAUCAGACGAGGUCAGGCGGCUGAAUGCGUAUACCAGCAGCAUGGCGGAUCCGACGACAACCGACGCUCAACACGGAGACACUCGGUCGCACCAACCCCAACUACCUCGAGCAGCGAUCGCGAGAAUGGGACAUCCGAGCAACUGAGAGUGGCCGGACAUAGGGACCAUGGGUUAGAUCCAGAUACCGUGCAGACAUUGCAGCAGAAAAUUGCGUCUCAUCCCUCACUGCCCUCCCCCGCGGCUCCUUUAGAGCUACCAAGAAAUUAUUCAAAUACGUUAUCCGGAACACCGCAGUCCGAGUCUAAACUACAGACUCACGAUUGGGGACAUGAGGAUCCCAUUCGUGGUCGGAGUCAUUUUUCCUGGGCUGUGCAUCAGUUUGAACCCUUGAUCGCUUAUCUAGGUGACAGUGUCGCCCCUGGAGACCGUCGCAAAGACCGCGUACCACUACUGGAAAGAACGUAUGAGAAAUGGAGAAAGGCAAAACUCCACGCUAGAAACACGAUACUCACCGCAUCACUAUCCGAUGAGCUUCCCGGAACCAACAUCAUCCGCAUCCUGGUCGGGCGCUAUUACGAGACCUUGCACACCAUACUCCCUGUUGUAGACCAGACCACCUUUACAAUUGAGCUCGACACCUUACUCAACAACCCUUCCAACGCCCCAGUGUAUCAGCUCGUACAAGUUCUCCUCAUCCUGGCGCUAGCAAAUGGGACCUAUCCUAGCCAUGAAGCACCACUCCUUCCGUCGUCGGUGUAUGUGUGGUGUGAUCUGGCCUCGUCAGUCCCCACCACUGCCCUCGAGCUCGGCGAAUGCACCCUCGAUAUCCUGCGUAUCGCCGCCCUGCUAAACACGGCCAAGCAAACGCUCAAGUUCAACGAUACGGCGGAUUAUGUCUACUCGGGUGCCGGUGUCCGGCUAGCCAUGAUGCUCGGUCUCAACCGGGCCGGCGAGCUGGACGCAGAAAAGACGCAACUAUGGGAAACGGUGCGAGAGCUAGAACUCCACGCGUGCCUCGCCUGCGGCGCGGCACCCACCGUCCCGCCCGGAACUGAUCUCGACAUUAUGCCGUCGCCGCCGCGACGUGGAUGUGCGACAGCGCAGCCAUCACCCCAAGGGGAUGGUCAGGGCGAUGUAGUCGGCAACAACACACCAGCUCUCCAGCCCCUCGCGAUCCUGAGACAAUCUCUGCGCACGCGCACCAAGAUUGCCGUGCUCGUCAAUAAUGAGGAGCACAUGCGUUUCGAAGACGUCAUGCACCUGAGUCGCCAACUCGCGCGCGACAUGAAACCCAUCUCGGACAUGAGCAACGGUCCCUCGUCAGAGCAAAGCUUUGCGCACAAAUACGUCGCGUUUAUAUACCACAAGUAUCUCGCGGCUCUGCACCGACCCUUUGCGACUCUGCACGACGCGGCCUUUUACCUCUCGCGAGAUAUAUCCAGAAACCGCGCACAGCGGCAUGUGCACGACGUGUGCGCCGCCUUUCGCGACAAGAGGCCCAACGAUCCGUUCGGGGCACUGCUCAUCGGCAAUGGGACCAUGUUUCGCGUCGAGGCUAUUCAGUCAGCUCUAUGGUUGGCCUUUGAACUCUAUCGCAGCGAGGAAUACGACAAUUACAUGACGAUACCCGGUUCUUCUUCUGGAUGGGAUGAAUCGACAAAUGUGCAAUUAAUAGAGGAAGCUAUGGACUUUGCAGAAAAGUCCUUGCGUAAGGGCGAGCUCGCCGGACUGGCCUAUCUCCUACCGUCUUUGGUUUUACAAGACGUAGAAGCGCAGAAAAUCUGGACACGUGGAUCCGAUGGCUACAAUAUCGCCAUGAAGACGGCCGGGGAACGUAUGAGGAAUCAUUUUAUUAAAGCUUUCGAGUAA